UCCCGAGAGAAACGUACAUAAUAUACAGAGUGGAUUGGUUCAAGAGUGUACUACUCUGUGUCAGACCUUAAUUUAAAAUACUUUUCGACUAACGUUAAAAUGGACUGAUCAUCUAUUACAGCCAAAUAUGUAAAUCAUAUAAACCUAAACCCAUGUCCAAACUGAUCAAGUAGUGAUAAUUUUAUUUCUAGGAGAAAUCAAAUGUAUGAUAAUGUGGAUACACACCAAGCCCUAUAAAUUACCACUAGACUACUACCACAAUACCACAUGGUUAGAGAGAAAUGUUGUUGUGCCAUUGUAAGUCCAUCUAGUAUUUAUUUUAGAUUUGAUGCAGUUUAGAGAGUUCUUGCGAGACAUAUUCAGUAAACUUUGAACUUUAAUAUAUUAUUUUUCCUUAAUUCAUUGGGGUGAAUGCUUUUAGCACUUGAAGCAUAUGACCCAAAGGCAUUUGUAAAAGAUAAAACUCAAAGUUGUACUUCAAGUUGGUGGCGCAGAAUCAUAUAUAAAGGACAUUUGCUUAGUCAAAAGUUCACAAUUGGUGGCUUGACCAAAUCCAGCUUGGUUUGCCUUUGAGUUUUGAACAUGUAUAUGCAUGCUAUCCACCCUUGUGAUCGCUUCUUGAACUUGUACGCACUACACAAACGUCUACUAUGCAUUUAACUAACAUCACAUGUUACAUACUAUCCACACCCUUUGUGGUCGCUUCUUUGUGUGAUAAGACAUUAAAUCUCACUACAUACCAAAGGACUCAGGUCCAAACAAACUUAAAGCCCAUUAUGCUAGCUAUACCUAUCCUGUACGUUAGUAACAAAGUCGUCACGUAAGUACAUUAUUUCUAUCAGGAGCUAUCAAUGACUAGAAAACAGGUUUACAAAACUGGGGAGAUGUAGCUGCUGGCUCGUCCUAAAAGCUGUCUCUAUAGAAAACAAGAAGAAAAUAGUAAGAAAUUUAAAGAUGCAGUAAAUGAAAACAUAAAAACAAAUUUCAGAACAGUAACAGUUAACCACCACACUCCAUGACAUCAUUUACCACGACCAGUUCUUCUGAACCAAUCUCACCAUGUCACUUUAUCAUGUUUCCAUCCAUUAUCCAUACCCCCAUACAUAUACGAGUUUACUUACCUCUACAUACAUAUAAUAGAAAGAGAAAGAUAGUAACUAAAAGCAUGAAGUGUUUGUUGUUUUAUCUUGUGUUCUUAGAGCUUCUCUGGUUUGGUUAUGGACAAUCUAGUAAUCAUCAGCCUCUUGCUCCAGCUUUCUUCGUCUUUGGAGAUUCCUUGGUUGAUUGUGGAAACAACAACUACAUUCCCACACUUGCACGAGCUAACUAUCUCCCUUAUGGAAUUGAUUUUGGCUUCCCCACUGGCCGUUUCUGUAAUGGCCGUACAGUUGCUGAUUAUGGAGCAAUGUACCUCGGUUUGCCAUUGGUGCCACCAUUUUUAUCUCCUGUAUCAAUUGUGCAAAACGUCUUGAGAGGGCUUAACUAUGCAUCUGCAGCAGCUGGGAUCUUAGAAGAAACUGGUCAACAUUUUGGAGCAAGAACUUCAUUCAGUGAACAGAUAUCACAGUUUGAGAUGACAAUUGAGUUAAAGCUCCGGCCAUUCUUUCAAACCCCUGAUGAUCUGAGAAAGUAUCUUGCCAAAUCCAUUAUUGGGAUCAAUAUAGGAAGCAAUGAUUACAUCAACAAUUACCUUAUGCCGGAUAGAUACUCGAGCAGCAAAACCUACAGUGGAGAAGACUAUGCAAAUCUCCUUAUCAAGACUCUCUCAGCUCAAAUAACAAGACUAUACAACUUAGGUGCAAGAAAAAUGGUGUUAGGUGGAACAGGACCACUAGGUUGCAUACCGAGUCAGUUAUAUAUGGUAAACGGCACCAACAACACCAGCAAGUGUGUGACAAAGAUCAAUAACUUGGUUUCAUUGUUCAAUAGCCGAUUGAAAGAUCUACCAAACACUCUCAACACAACUCUUCCAGGAUCUUUCUUUAUCUAUCAAAACAUCUACGAUCUCUUCCAUAAUAUGGUUGUGAAUCCCUCUAGAUAUGGCCUUGUUAUACCAGACAAAGCAUGCUGCGGUAGCGGGAGAUAUGGAGGAGCCUCAACAUGCCUUCCUUUGCAGCAACCAUGCUUGGAAAGGAAUCAAUACGUCUUUUGGGAUGCAUUUCAUCCAACAGAAACUGCCAACAAAAUUAUAGCUGGAGAAACCUUCAGCAACUCUGCCAAAUACUCUUACCCUAUCAGUUUAUAUGAGUUGGUUAAGCUGUGAGGAAUGUGUCUCAAAUCUGGAUUUCCUCUCAUUAUCAGGUUACCUUGGUUUUCUAGUUUCUAGUUAAUUAGAAGACUUUAAAUAUGAGAUUUGUAUGUAACAAUUGCCCAAAUCUUCAAGAUCAUAAUCUAUAUUCCAAUGUUAUAAGGUAAGCAUUUAUUUCUAAAAA